AUGGGUAAAAUGCUUUACGAUGUUAUUACAGAGAAUUCUCGACAUUCCGCAUGUCAUGCUAGUGUCACAGUUGCUACGAUGGAGCCGAGGUUUUGCCGUGUAGACUACAUGUUUGUGCGACUCGUAUCACGUCGCUUCGUGCUUGGAAAGCUGCAGAACUUCUCUUCCCUCCGGUUGAUAGAUGUACAGCGAGUACAGGACCGUCAGGCGAGCACGAUGGGGAGUUUCUUGUUUGUUUUUGGCAUCCAUGCUUUAUCACCCUAG